AUGGGUAGACCAGAUACUCUAGGAGCAGAUCUAUAUCAUAACCGACGAUUCCCACGCAUAAGUAACGGCGAGAUCGAAACAGGGAUGAAUUCUGAGAUGUCCGAGCACCCUUGUUGCGCCAUCAUCGAACACAUGGUGCAUUUCUCCAAGAUCACGAGAAACAUCUGCCUGAGCAUUUACCUGCCUGAAACUACUAUACCAAUGAUGGUCGCUAUGGCGGGCCAAAUCGAAAGAGAUCUGGAGGCGUGGACACAAAAGCUUCCCGAAGCGAUACGGCCAAUGGGAUCGUCUACUCAGGUACCGUCUUUGAGAGGCGUCAGGGAUGUUCAGUGGGUGAAACGACAGAGACUUGUUCUCAAUUUGCGAUAUCAUAACCUGAGAAUACUUCUCUUCGGGUCCUUUCUCUUGAGGUCAACAGCGCAGGAGAGGGCGACUAUGAGUGACACAAAAAUAGGCAUUCAAAAGUGUCUCGAAUCAGCAAAGCAAACGAUUGAAACCAUCUAUCAUACAUAUCAGCACAGUGACUUCUUCCGAACAUGGUUCUACAACACAACAUACACAGUAUUUGCCGCGAGCAUAAUACUGGUAUACAUGACCCAAGACGCAGUCGAGAGCGAAAUGCAACCGUUACUUCGUCUGGUCGACAUGGCGAUCGAGAUUCUUAUGAUUAUGGACGAGUGCGUUGUCGCUCUGCAAGCGGCAAAGCUGUUACAAGGAGCGAGGGAAAAGGCGACACAGAAGUCGUCUCAGUUUGAUAACGCCGCGAAUCCAGGGACGUCUUGGCCUGAUGGGAUGGUCUACCUGAAUCACUACUGGGGACCACUGAAUCUGCUGGAUGGGGAACUGGAUCAGAACCUCGAUAUGUCGUCGAUAGACUUUGAUGCCGCGAGCUUGUUUAUGUCUAUGCCUCAUUAG